UUCCUAACCUCCAAUUGAACCAUUAAUCUCUCAAUGCCAUCUCUCUUCCAAAAACAGUGCAACUCCUCCAAGAAUCUACACAUCUCUCCCUCUAUUCUUUUCCCAAAAUUUUUGGACCAAAAAAACCCUUUCUUGUAUUUUUUUUUUUUUGGUUCUGGAGCUAGCUUCUUCUUGUCUCCAUGGCCAUUUGAAACCCCUCAAAAAAAAAAAAUUAAAAGAAAAGUUGAGCUUCAUUUCUUGAAAAUUUUGAUCUUGUUGGUUGUUGGGUUGUUUCCAUUUUCUGUUUUCUUGAAAAAAAAAAAGUGUUUCAUUUCUUGAAAAAUUGAUCUUUUGGUUCUUGGGGUUGUUUUUAGUUUUGUAUUUUCUUGAAAAAUUUGAUCUUUUUGGUUCUUGGGGUUGUUUUUAGUUUUGUAUUUUCUUGAAAAAAUCAAUCUUUUUGGUUCUUGGGUUGUUUCUAUUUCCUAUUUUCUUGAAAAAAUGUAAAUAAAAAUGUCCUCCUUCCCUUGAAAAAUGUCCUUCAUUUCUUGAAUUUUUUAAAUUUUUUUUUUUUUUUUUGUUCUUGGGUUGUUAAUAUUUUCUUGUUUUCUUGAAAAAAGAAGUCCUUCAUUUCUUGGAAAAUUUCAUCUUUUUGCUUCUUGGGUUGUUUCUAGUUUCCUGUUUUCUUGAUAAAUGUCCUUUAUUUCUUGAAAAAUUUCAUCUUUUUGGUUCUUGGGGUUGUUUUAGUUUUCUAUUUUCUUGAAAAAUGCCCUUAAUCCCUUUAAAAAGUUGAUCUUUUUUGGUUCUCUUUUUUUUUUUUUAGUUUUAGUUUUCUAUUUUCUUGUUAAGGGGCCUUUAUCCCUUGAAAAAUAUGAUAUUUUUGGUUCUUGUGGUUGUUUGUAUUUUGUAGUUUUCUUGAGUUUUAAUGUCAAAUUUAGUGGUGGUAUUUUUCUUGGAAAUCUACCUUAGGUAUUAAUUAAUUUGGAGUAUUAGAUGAAAUGGGUAAAAUUAGGAUAUGGUUACCCUAUUAUUAUUUGUUUAUGAUUCUUGUUUUGGGUUUUUCACCAUGUGUUUGGUGUGCAAUUAGUAAACAAUCAACUAGUAAACAAUCUAAUGCUAAUCCUAAUAGUCCUACUGCUGUACCUGUACUUGCAUCUUUCAUUUAUAGCCAACUUGCAAAUCUUACAAAGGUAUUCCAUGAUGAUAUCACUAAGGCUUUGGGAUUUUGCAUUGAUAAUGUGGGUGAUGAGUUGUUUGAGGCAUUUAAUUUUGGCAAAAACUUGGAAUUCUUAAACAAUUGCUUUAAAGAGACCAAAGAUGUGACACAGAGACUAUGUAACGCGGCAGAGAUGAAAUUCUACUUCUCAAGCUUUUUGGAUACAAAAUCGACCAAAAAAACUCAAGUCUUAAGGCCUAAUAGGAACUGUAACUUGACAUCAUGGAUUGAUGGAUGUGAACCUGGCUGGUCUUGCAGUGUUGGUCCAAAUCAGAAAGUAGACCUUAAGAAUGCAAAGGAUAUGCCUGAUCGGACUCGUGACAAUCAACCUUGUUGUGAAGGUUUUUUCUGCCCUCGAGGCUUGACUUGCAUGAUGCCUUGCCCGUUGGGUGCUUACUGUCCUCGUGGUACCCUCAACAAGACAACUGGUGGAUGUGAUCCAUAUUCAUACCAAUUACCUCCAGGCAAGGUAAAUCACACCUGUGGAGCAGCUGAUCUUUGGGGUAGUGAAUUAAGUGGUGGCGAGUUAUUCUGCUCACCAGGAUCUUACUGUCCAACAACCACCAGAAAGGUUAUUUGCUCGGAAGGAAAUUACUGCAGGAAGGGCUCUACGGCACCGAAAGCAUGCAUCAGGUUGAGUACAUGCCAUAAACAAUCAGAGUCACAAAAGCUGCAUGUAUAUGGUUUUAUCCUUAUUGGUGUUUUGGGUUUUAUACUGAUCAUCUUUUAUAAUUGCUCUGAUCGAGUCAUAAAUACUAAGUAUCAAAGAGUUGCCAAGUCCAGGGAAGCUGCAGCAAGACAUGCACGCGAAACUGCACAAGCAAAACAAAGGUGGGGAUUAGUAAAAGAUAAUGCUAAAAAACGUGCUUUUGGAUUGCAACAGCAGUUAUCGCGCACAUUCUCAAAGAAAACGAGUGUGAAGCAAGGAUCAAGAACUUUUAACCUACCUAAAACUAAUGAUGAAGCAUCCAUACCACCUAAAGCUCCAAGCAGUUCAGCCGGAUCUUCAAAAGGAAAGAAAAAAGAACCUAGUGAUCUCACAAAAAUGCUGCACUCAAUUGAAAAUGAAACAGACAAUAUGGAGGGGUUCCAUAUGCAGAUCGGUGAUAAGAAUAUAAAGAAGCAAUCGGUCGAUGCUAAACAACUGCAUACCAGGAGCCAAAUUUUCAAAUAUGCAUAUGGUCAGCUUGAGAAAGAGAAAGCUAUGGAGCAAAAAACUAAGAAUAUGACAUUUUCAGGAAUCAUCUCAAUGGCGGCAGAGGAGGAUACUGAGAUCAAGACUAGGCCUCCCAUUGAGAUAGCUUUCAAAGACCUGACAAUUACUCUAAAAAAGAAGCACAAACAUUUGAUGAGGUCUGUUACUGGAAAACUGAUGCCUGGUCGGGUUUCUGCAGUCAUGGGUCCAUCUGGUGCAGGGAAAACUACAUUUCUUUCUGCGGUAGCUGGUAAGAUAACACAAUGCACGUUAUCCGGGAUGGUUCUUAUAAAUGGAAGGGCUGAAUCUAUUCACUCGUACAAGAAAAUUAUCGGUUUUGUUGCCCAAGAUGACAUAGUCCAUGGAGACCUCACCGUGGAAGAGAACCUUCGGUUUAAUGCAAGAUGCAGACUAGCUGCAGACUUGCCAAAGGCUGAUAAGGUUCUUGUUGUUGAGAGAGUUAUUGAAUCAUUGGGUCUUCAGGGAGUCAGAGAUUCGCUAGUUGGAACUGUAGAGAAGCGUGGAAUUUCCGGUGGCCAGAGGAAAAGAGUAAAUGUGGGGAUGGAAAUGGUCAUGGAACCUUCACUGCUAAUAUUGGAUGAACCUACAUCUGGUUUAGACAGCUCAUCUUCAAACUUACUUCUUAAAGCUCUUAGACGUGAAGCUCUUGAAGGUGUAAACAUUUGCAUGGUUGUUCACCAGCCGAGCUAUACCUUGUACAAGAUGUUCGAUGACUUGGUACUUCUAGCCAAAGGUGGUCUUGUUGCAUAUCACGGCCCUGUGAAGAAAGUAGAAGAAUACUUUGCAAAUCUUGGAAUCACUGUACCGGAUCGUGUAAACCCUCCUGACCAUUUCAUCGACACCCUUGAGGGUAUGGUCAAACCAGGUGGAGGUGUGACUGUGGAACAACUUCCUGUCCGAUGGAUGCUUCAUAAUGGUUACGCUGUACCACCCGAUAUGAUGGAACUGUGUGAUCAGAUUGCAAUGUCCUCCAAGGGUGUUGCAGCAGCUCCUGACCAAUCUUCAUCUGCUGAUGCAUGGUCGAAGAGAGAUUCUCUGUCUCAUAGCUUGCUAAAAUCCCAUGACCUGUCUAAUAGACAGACUCCAGGUGUAUACCGGCAGUAUAGAUAUUACCUUGGAAGGGUAGGCAAACAGCGAUUGCGAGAAGCUCAAAUGCAAGGAGCAGAUUAUUUAAUCCUUUUGGUUGCUGGAGCGUGCUUAGGAAUCCUAUCCAAUCAGAAGGGCGACACCUUUGGAUACUACGGCUAUUUGUAUAGUGUCAUUGCUGUGUCACUCCUCUGUAAGAUUGCAGCAUUGAGAUCCUUUGGGGACAAGUUAGAAUACUGGAGAGAGAGAGAAAGCGGCAUGAGCAGUCUAGCUUAUUUUCUUUCCAAGGAUACAACAGACCAUUUCAAUACUCUUAUAAAGCCUUUGGUUUUCCUGUCUAUGUUCUAUUUCUUAAAUAGUCCAGGAUCAUCCUUUCUCGACAACUACCUUGUUUUCCUCUGCCUUGUAUACUGUGUGACUGGCAUAGCUUAUGUGUUUGCCAUCUGCUUUGCACCUGGACAGGCACAACUGUGGUGUGUUCUCGUUCCUGUUGUUUUGAGUCUCAUUGCAAACCAGGAACCAGACGGUACCGUCGGAAAAUAUAUAGCCAAGUUUUGUUACCCAAGGUGGGCUAUGGAAGCAUUUGUCGUUGCAAGUGCACAGAGGUUGGUAGUUCAUAUUCUCCGCUGUUUCCUGUGAACUGCUAGGUCAUAAAGGAAAGC